UCCUUCUUUCCCUGUUGUACACAACACCACCAGAAUAUGAGACCCCAUUUUCUUACAACAAACAAAACCUAGCUCUCUCACUAAAUUUUCAUCUCUUUCUUUAACAUACAGACACACACAUUUACACACAGAAACACAAACACAAACAGAGAGUUAUUGCUCUUUGUAAUGGCUAGUGGGUGGGUGAAGUCAUUGCAAUGCAAGUCCAAAGCCUUUGAAGAUGUCUACCACCCAAAUUCCAAACACCUUAUCCCCAGUGCCAGUUGCAGAAAGAGCGUUCAAAACAUCAAAGACGUUGUUCUCGACACCACCAAGCCCAAGCCCAAACCCAAGCCCAAAAAACCACUCCAGAAACACCCAAGUUCCAGAUACCCAACAACCUCUUCCACCAAACCUGAUUUCGAAACAACCACUGUCAACCGCUCCCGGAGCACAACCACCACCAACACCCGCCAUGCCCCGACGCCGGACCCUCGCUUUCCUUCCUUGACAGAGCUUACAGAAGGGCAUCCUUCGCGGAACGUGGUUGAGAUUAUCUUCCACACAAGCUGGGGACCCAAACCGUUUUCGGGUCGGGUCGAGAUGAUUUUCAAGGUGCACAAUGGGUCACGCACGGUGUCGCGGUUCGAGGAGUAUCGUGAGGCGGUGAAGGUUCGGGCCGGGUCGGCGAAGGGGAGCGAGGAUUGGGAGGAGAAUGCGCGUUGUGUUGCCGAUGGGAAUGAGGUGAUGAGGUUUCACUGCUUGGGUCCCACAUCGGGUGGUGGUCCUUACGGCGGGGCUUGUGCGUGGUCGUUUCCCGGCGGGAAAGGGUCGGCGAUCUGCACGUUUUCCGGUAGCGGCGGCGCGCAUGAGAGCUCCGGUGGAGGGAAGGGAAGAAGGGCUAUGUUGGUGUGCCGGGUCGUAGCGGGUCGGGUUUCGAAACAAAUAGGGUUUAUGGACUCGUUGUUGGAUGGGCGAGUUGGGUUUGACUCAGUGAGUGGGGACAACGGCGAGUUGUUUGUGUUUGACUCGCGUGCUGUAUUGCCUUGUUUUCUUAUCAUUUAUAAAUUGUAAAAAAACGUAUUUACUGCUCUUCCUCUUAAUCUUUUCUUUUUUUGAAAAAGAAAAAAACACUUUUUUUCUGAAUUAUUUUUUCUCUUUGAAUGUAUGUAUUGAUUGUAUGUUGAUUUUUGAGGUAUUGAACCUACUUAUUUUCCUUGCAUUUA